UCUGCGUCGCCGUUCGGCGCCUGUCACUCGGCGGUGUGGAGUCGGGGUCUGAGCGCCGCCCCCCGCUGGUUGCAGGGGGUCCCCGAAGUAGCGUCGGGAGCCCGCGGAGGGGGGGGCGGGCAGCACCUCUUCAAGGUGGGAGGUUGACGGGGGUUGCGAGAGCGGGCGGGAAGCUGUGGAGUCGGUCUCAGCGCGCGCGCCUGCGAGCCGUCGGGUCUGAGGUGCAGUCCGGGCGGGCGUCGGGGCCCAAGGAAGGUGUGUUCGCGGGCGAACGCCCGGCGUGAGUUGCAGGAAGCGCGGAAACCCUGGAAAGCGACGUUUCAACCGGACGCGCCGGCUCCGGCGAGCGCCUCUGGCUCCCGGUCAUGGGUACUGCGGUAUACAGGAAAGGAGCUGUAUAGCAGUAACGUGAUAUGGGAUAGCUUCAGAAAAAUAUCUUUGGAAAUAAUAAAGGAGAUAAGUCAUACCCCAGUUGCUGACCUCUUCAGAACUUCAGAAGAAAAGUGAAUUACAUUCACUAGAUGUUCAUUUCCCAGUGACAGAGAAGAGGUGUUGGCAAUGGCUGCUGCUGUGAACUUGGAACUUGACCCCAUUUUUUUGAAAGCACUAAGCUUCUUACACUCAAAGAGUAAAGAUUCUGCUGAAAAACUAAAGGCACUGCUUGAUGAAUCUUUGGCUAGGGGGAUUGAUUCAAGUUAUCGUCCAUCUCAAAAGGAUGUGGAGCCACCCAAAAUUUCCAGCACAAAAGCUGUUUCCAUUAAGCAAGAGCCCAAAACCUUGUCCUCUCUGCCAUCUGGCAGUAAUAAUGGCAAGGUCCUCACAGCUGAAAAGGUGAAGAAGGAAGCUGAAAAGAGACCUGCUGAGAAAAUGAAAUCUGAAAUCACUGAAGCAGCUGAUGUCCCAAAGAAACCAAGAUUAGAGAAACCAGAGACACGGUCCUCUCCCAUUACUGUCCAAACCAGCAAGGACUUAGCAAUGACUGACCUUUCCAGCUUUGAGGAGACCAGUGCUGAUGACUUUGCCAUGGAGAUGGGGUUGGCCUGUGUUGUUUGUAGGCAGAUGACGGUGGCAUCUGGUAACCAAUUGGUGGAGUGUCAGGAGUGCCAUAACCUCUACCACCAGGACUGCCACAAGCCCCAAGUGACGGACAAGGAGGUGAAUGACCCACGCCUCGUGUGGUAUUGUGCCCGCUGCACCAGACAGAUGAAGAGGAUGGCCCAAAAAACUCAGAAACCACCACAGAAGCCAGCCCCCGCAGUCGUUUCCGUAGCUCCAGCUGUCAAAGAUCCGCUGGUUAAGAAACCAGAAACUAAAGUCAAACAAGAGACAACUUUCCAAGCAUUUAAGAGAACAGAAGUCAAGCCAUCCACAGUUAUUUCAGGAAACUCUUCCAGUACUAGUGUUUCCUCUUCAGUAACUAGUGGCCUAACUGGAUGGGCAGCUUUUGCAGCUAAAACUUCCUCUGCUGGUCCAUCAACAGCCAAGCUGAGUUCAGCGACCCAAAACAACAGCGGGAAGCCUGCUACCUCAUCGGCCAGCCAGAAGCCUGUGGGCUUGACCGGCCUGCCAGCCUCAUCCAAGAGCGGCAUAGGAUCCAAACUGGGCUCUAAUAGCAGCACUUCUCCCACUGUACCCCUGAAGCCACCCCCUCCUCUAACUUUGGGCAAGACUGGCCUCAGCCGCUCAGUUAGUUGUGACAGUGUCAGCAAAGUAGGUCUCCCUAGCCCGAGCAGUCUGGCUCCCGGGAGCAGCAGCCAGCUGAGUGGGAACGGUGGCAGCAUGAGCUCAGGCACGGGAGGAAGUACCGCGAGCAAAGCUGCCUCCGAGCCCAGCAGCACCCCCUCAGCCUCCCUGAAAGGGCCCACCUCGCAGGAGUCCCAGCUCAAUGCCAUGAAGCGGCUGCAGAUGGUCAAGAAGAAAGCCGCCCAGAAGAAACUCAAGAAGUGACGCGGCCGGGUCAAUUUUUCUGUUACGUGGCCCUGCAGAUUGAAGUCUCAUAAUUAGGACAUAAACGGUAAUAUAUUAUAACUUAAUAAAAAUCUUCAUAAUGAAAUUUCUACGAGUUCUUAAACCUUAAAAUGCUAAC